AUGUGCAGAAAAGAACGAGGAAAGAAGCAGCCAACAUGGAGGGUCUUUUCCUUGAAGGAACUCCACGCAGCAACAAACAAUUUUAAUUAUGACAACAAACUUGGAGAGGGAGGGUUUGGAAGUGUUUACUGGGGUCAGCUUUGGGAUGGAUCACAAAUUGCAGUUAAAAGGUUAAAGGUCUGGAGUAACAAAGCAGAUAUGGAAUUUGCAGUUGAGGUUGAGAUAUUGGCACGAGUUCGGCACAAGAAUCUGCUCAGUUUACGUGGCUAUUGUGCAGAAGGGCAAGAGCGUUUAAUUGUAUAUGACUACAUGCCAAAUUUGAGCUUACUUUCUCAUCUUCACGGGCAGCACUCAGCUGAAUGCCUUCUUGAUUGGAACCGGCGGAUGAAUAUUGCAAUUGGAUCUGCUGAGGGAAUUGCCUAUCUUCACCACCAUGCAACUCCACAUAUAAUCCAUAGAGACAUCAAAGCCAGCAAUGUGUUAGUGGACUCAGAUUUCCAGGCUCAAGUUGCUGAUUUUGGUUUUGCAAAGCUAAUCCCUGAUGGUGCUACACAUGUGACCACAAGAGUGAAGGGUACCCUUGGCUACCUUGCACCUGAAUAUGCUAUGUUAGGGAAAGCUUCAGAGAGUUGUGAUGUCUACAGCUUUGGCAUUCUCCUGCUAGAACUUGCCAGUGGCAAGAAACCCAUUGAGAAAUUGAGUUCAACAAUGAAACGCACAGUUACUGAUUGGGCACUGCCAUUGGCUUGUGAGAGGAAGUUUGAUGAAUUAGCAGAUCCCAAGCUCAAUGGAAAGUAUGCAGAGGAUGAGCUGAAAAGAGUUAUCUUUGUGGCUUUGCUAUGUGCUCAUAGUCGACCUGAGAGAAGACCGACUAUGCUGGAGGUGGUCGAGCUACUGAGGGAGAAUCGAAGAGAAGUUAGCUCAAUUGGAGAAUGA